CGCCUGCCAGUAGCCCCCUUUUCAGCUCGAGAUCUCUCUCGCCCCAAGUGAGCAAGGGAAUGGGCCUCCGUCUCCCUGGACUCUCGGAACCCCAGCCCGGAGCUCCGAGGUCUUCUAUCCUCGCCCAGUCCCGCCGUCCUACGUCGUUCCUUCUUCAAUUCGAGGGGAACUCGCAUCCGAUCAUCGCGAAAGAUUCCGUUCUCUGGAGGUCGGCGCGGCCACGAUCCGUCGCUCCGGUGUCGCUGCAGCGAUCGGAGCACGACGUGGUGGUCGUAGGCGCUGGGAUCAUCGGAUUGACGAUCGCCCGGCAGCUGCUUCUCUCCUCGAGCCUCUCCGUUGCCGUGGUGGACGCCGGCGUGCCGUGCUCCGGGGCCACUGGUGCUGGGCAAGGGUAUAUUUGGUUGGCAAACAAGACUCCGGGAAGUGGUACAUGGGAGCUCGCGGCACGAAGUAAGCAGCUGUGGGAGGAGCUGGCUGAUAGUGUGAAGCGCCAGGGAAUGGAUCCACUAAAUGUUAUGGGUUGGAAGAAAACAGGAAGCUUAUUGAUUGGUAAAACGUCAAGCGAGUUAGCCAUGCUGGAACAAAGGGUCAACCUUUUUAACCGAGCUGGGUUGAGAGCUGAAUAUUUGUCUUCCUCUUCUCUGCACUCAAAGGAACCAGCGCUUGAGGUUGGAGAGGAAAGUGGAGCUGCAUUUUUUCCAGAGGACUGCCAGCUGGAUGCUCUCCAGGCAGUUGCUUUCAUAGAAAAGGGUAAUCAGUAUUUUUCUCCAGAAGGCAGAUAUGCAGAGUUUUAUAAUAACCCUGCCAUUCGGUUAUUAAGAUCUGAGAGAACUGGAGCAGUUGAAGGCGUUCAAACUUCCCAGAACAUCCUGUAUGGCAAGAAGGCUGUUGUAGUGGCAGCAGGUGCCUGGAGUGGGUCCUUGAUGAAUAGCUUUAUGGAAAAACCAAAUUCUGAGCUAAUUGUACCUGUGAAGCCUCGAAAGGGCCAUCUUCUUGUGUUGGAAAAAUUUGAGAAAAUUCAAUUGAACCAUGGCCUGAUGGAGGUAGGGUAUAUUGAUCACCAAGUUGCUACUUUGCCUUACACAUCCUUGGCUUCAGAAGCAGAUGAAGAUGAGCAGAAGUUAUCUAUAUCAAUGACAGCUACUAUGGUCAAGGAGAAUCUUGUUUUGGGGAGUAGCCGCCAGUUCACUGGAUUCGGUACUGAAGUAGAUAAAUCAAUCAUCAAGCAAAUAUUGGACCGUGCAGGAGAAUUCUUUCCUGCCUACGAGCUCUUUCUUGUGAUUCUCAGUUCAAACAGAAAGAUAAGAAUAGGACUCCGUCCUUAUAUGCCUGAUGGGAAGCCGGUCAUUGGCCUGUUCCUAGUUUGCCGAAUCUUUUACUUGCAAACCGGACAUGAAGGAAGUGGACUUUUAAUGGCAUUGGGUACUGCUGAAAUGGUUACUGAUAUGAUCCUUGGCAACUCCGAGAAAGUCGAUUGCACACCAUUCUCCAUACAAGGUAGAUUUUUGCAGUGAGGGAUCAUGAUUCAUGACCUUUUAGAAAAGUCACUUCACCCUGCUCAUGAUGUGGAUGAAGUGUUUAGAGUUCAAGCUGGAAAACUUCAGAUCCAAGACAUCAACCCAUUUCACAAAGUGCUUCACAUUCACAACCUAUGUAAUUCUACAAUGCAUCUCUGCCAACUACAUUUUUUUUUUAAUCUUGUGAACUUUGUUUUGUACAUUCACACUCAACUGCGAUCAGCAGUCAAUCACAAGCUCAACUGAUGACAUAGGAACAUGCAUGGCUUGUGGUGAAGCAUUAGGCAAGAAAAGUGAUCUAUUAUGAGUUUCUAGAUUAUAGUGAUGCGCUCAGAUUGUCUGAAGAGCUGUCACGGCACACUCCAUGAACUGAUUGUAUCCCACUUGAUGAACAACUGAGAUAGCUUGGGCUGUUUUCAACAACACUAUUUAUGCAAAUUAUGUAACCAUGGAUGGAAGAAUAUAAUUGACAUAUAAUUCACAAAAGCAGGUUCGCUAUAAGCGUAUUGGUCUUC